UAAGAAAUAUCCUUCACGCCACCUUCAUGUAGUAUGACUACUUAAUGACAAAGGUUACCUAUUCCUUCUAUUAUUUCUAUCUGUAUUAAAUACCUAAAGGAGUAGGAUAAUAGCGUGAAAUGCGAAAAUCACCAACGCUGACUUCUCCGCCCGAGUCCCACAUACAGUAAAAAACCCCGUAAGUCUCAUGUACGAUGACUUCUGACUUCUUCUGACUUACCAAGUUUCCAUUUUCCUUUCCACUUUUUUUCAUACUUCAUACCCUUCUACAAAUCCAUAUUUAUUUCCCCGCCUCGGUCGAGACUUUUUUCAAAUCAAGUCGGGAUCUUUACUAAACAUAUUUUUACUAGUGUUUGUUGAGAUUUGAGUGAGGGAUUAAAAUUUCGAGGGAGUACAAAGCACGGAAUUAAGAAUCAAUAAUGUCGGACACGGACCCUGUCCCACUUUGGCUGGACUGCGAUCCGGGCCACGAUGACGUCUUCGCCAUCCUCCUAGCAGCCUACCACCCGGGCAUCCGGCUACUCGGCAUAAGCACAGUACACGGGAACGCCUCUCUCGAGAAAACCACCCGUAAUGCCCGGUCGGUCUUAGCUGCCAUCGGCAGACACCCCGAUGUAGCAGUGUACCCGGGGGCUUCACACGCGCUCCACCGCGACCCAAUCCAUGCCCCCUCCGAUAUCCACGGUGAAUCCGGUCUCGAUGGGACAUCUCUCCUCCCACCACCCCCACCGCCCCUCCUCCGCACCCUCUCCUCCCCCGGCGCCGAAGACGAAAUCCAAGCCGUCCACGCCAUGUCCGCCGCGCUACGCGACUGCGAACCAGGCACCGCAUGGAUAGUAGCCACAGGCGCACUAACCAACGUCGCCUCUCUCUUCACCGAAGAACCAGAUCUAGCGGAGCAUAUCAAGGGUCUAAGCAUAAUGGGUGGAAGCGUCGGGGACGGGUUCACGGACGCGGUUAUGGGGAUCGUGGAUGGGAAGCCUAGGGUCGGGAAUUAUACACCUUGGGCUGAGUUCAAUGUUCUGAUUGAUCCGGAGGCUGCCAAGUCGCUUUUUGAGAAUCCGGUGCUGGCGGGGAAGAUUACGCUUAUACCACUGGAUUUGACGCAUCUUGUGCUGGCGACUAAGGAGGUCCAGGAGAUGUUGCUUUAUGGACCGCCGGCGCCUGAGGGGGCUGGGGAUGAGAGUAUUGAGAAGGGCUUGCGUGAGGGUAGGGGGAAGACGGAUUUGAGGGUUAUGUUGGUCGAGUUGUUGAAUUUCUUUGCGAAUACAUACCGCGAUGUCUUUGGCAUCACAGAAGGUCCUCCAUUACAUGACCCGUUGGCUGUAGCGGCUAUCCUAACUGGCACUCCUCACGAAGUUCCUUUCUACGAUUACGACCCGAAGAACUCUAAGGAGUCGGAGCGUCGGGAAAGGUUCUCGAUAGAGGUAGUGAUAGAGGGCACGCUAGAGGAUGCGCUGCAUCGUGGCGCACAGACAGGACGUACCAUCGUGAAGCUAUUACCACCCGGCAGCGAAGGCGUGCGCAUCCCCCGCGGUCUCGAUAUCCCACUUUUCUGGAAGGUCAUUGAAGAAUGCUGUGAGAAAGCCGAUGAAGCGAAUAGGAAAGUUCUGGCUACGUCAAAGUCUUGAUGUAUUGAUACGCCAAAUACCCAAGGGCCUAUACUGGAUAUAGCGACCCAUUCGAUGGAAUAGAUAGGAACUGGUUAUGCGACCCUAGAUACAAUCGUACUUUAUUUUCUUGGUAGAUAUAUUAAAAAUCACGCGAUCUAACCACA